AUGGACCCUUUAUCAAUUAUAGCCAGUAUCGCUGGCAUAGCGUCAGCCGGCGCCCAACUGUCAAACACUCUUUUCAAGCUUUACAAGACAGUAAAGAAUGCACCCAAGGAGAUCCAAUCGGUUGCCAUUGAGAUGUCUGGCUUGACUUCCACUCUUGAGCACUUACACGACAUCAUCAAAUCCGGGCAAUCGUAUGCAAAACCGCAGUUUUGCGAAGCUGUUCGGCAUGUUGUCAAGAACAUCCGGAUGACGCAGCAAGAGAUUGACAAGAUGGUGGCUGAUGAAAGUAUGUUACGAAGGGUUAAAUGGCUCAAGGCUGCAAGGCUACUAUCGGAUAUUGAAAAGCAUAAGGUCACAUUGACUUUGCAAAUUGCCAUUCUUUCAGCGGCUGUUCUGGUCAAGUCCACUAAUGGCCGUUUAUCUAUACAAGGGAGAGUGGAAAACAGAUUCAAGGCCCAAGCCGAGAGUCUUGUCCUGGCUGGUCAAGCUUCGUUCCAGAAUGAUGAAUCGGAGCCAAUUCCAGAUCCUCCUCAAGAAAGAGCACCGAGUCCACCAGUCCGCACAAACAAAAGAUUACCAAGUCCCGUGCGUGAAUCUGAGAUUCCCGGACACGUAAGAACAGAGGAACUCUACGGUCAAAGCAAGAAUUCAGAAGACAACGCAUUUCUUUCUCCAAGCGACAAAGAAGAGGUCCGCUCAGCACUUGCGCUAAGUGUGAAAGAUCCAAUACGUUCAGAAAGACGUUAUACUGUUCCUGCGAUUGAAGAUGAAGAUGGAGAAAACAUCUCUUCCGAAGACGAAGAAAGGGUGUCCCGACGUCGCAGAAGGUCGGGGUUUGAUCCACUGUCCGGUAGCAGCAUCGCGCAAUUUGGACCUGAUUUCCACAGACGCGGCGAUGCAGCUACGUUUCUAUAUAAUCUUGUUUUUCUCAACGAGAUACCAGGUAAAGGAGCACCAGGACAUAACUCACAUCUCAGAGACACCGGAGGCAACGAAAAGAUAGAAGUGCGGUACCGACAUCGACAUCCAGAUCCAGCGUAUGACAAUGACUACUUUGACGAUGAAAACAUUGGCGAUCUCCGGGAGAGAGUGAGAUUCAAAGACCCCAAGCCUCAAGAACCAGGAAGGAUUGUCAAUCGACUUCUUCUGGCUUGGACAUCAUUGAGCGAAAGCGAGGUUGAGAAGGGGAAACCAGAUAAUCAGCCCGAUAAGACCAAGGCAUUUGGAGCGAGUGACAGCUCCGACAGUGAAGAGUCGCUCUACGAGCCCGAGAACCCAGAGAAAUACUGGAGAAGAGAAGCAAGAGCAGCUCGCAAUGGGUCCCCAAGAGAAGAAACCAAGUACAAUGGUAAGCCUGAGUUUGAUCCUCGUGGUCGUAAGAUACUCAGACCAACGCAAGCUUGGGAUGCUCCCUUUGGAUAUACGAAUGCACCCCCUCGAAAUAAUGGCUCUUCACCAAUAUCAGCAGAACCAACUAUGCCGUACCCAACUGGUGGCUACUUUCAGCCAUACGGUCAGGCCCGAAAUCCUUUUGCACCGUCUGACGGAUCUUCGGCCCAGCCAAACUGGAUGCCUGAAGCAUCAAACUUCUCUCAUAGAUAUCCUUUCCCACCACCACCACGACCACCAUCAGGAGAGACAUAUUGGCCCCCACCAACCCAGUCACACAACCCGACCAUGGAGACAAAACCAGUGAAAUCAAAGUUCCAUAAACCUGCUUUUGUUGUUCUGCCACAAACGGACUCUGCAGACUAUGAGGCUCGGCCUAUAACUCCCAAGCUUCACCUUACGUCUGUUAGCUUAGGUAUCAUGAGGCAAGGAGAUGAGCCAAUCUGGGACUGUGAUGCUUUCAUGUCUUAAAGAGGUUGUCCUGGGAAAGCGGUUAUGGGUGCACUUAUUGGCGACAAAUCCGCUAGAAAUCCUCACGGAUUAGAUCUAGCGCAUACGCUGAUGAAAGGAAGAAGUAUGAAGCUUGUGUAUAUCCGAGGAAAUGAUUUUGGUGAAACUUGGUUCAUAAAUAAACAGCCCGUCUUCUUACAGUUCCUUCAUUCUGGAUACUUACCUCAAUUCUAUCCAGCAAAAGAGACCGAUGAGAGAGCCAUGAAGGAGGAGUACGUUGCUACCGGAGAAGAAUGGGCCAGCUUCGAAGCUUUACAACAACUCGGGAUGGUUGUCAGAAGAAGAGAAGAGGGACGUGUCCUCUUGGACCCUAGCACCACGUGGUCAAUGAUUAAGGAGCUUGCCACUACGACUCUUCAACUGAGGAGCAUGCGGCAAAGACGAACCUUCACGUCAACAUUUUAUAACUCCGCAUCUGCAUUUCGACAGAAACAUGGAUUGGAAGCGCCCUUACCUUCUGGGGCCACAGGCUCUGAGACUAGAACCCCUCCUGUCCCAGAUAGACGUGCCAGAGUCGAGGAUGAAAGCGAAGUCGAUAUCAUCGACUUGCCAAUAGGUGAAGAGCCCAAAAAGGCAUCAGAAACAAACACAGAAGCCCAAAGCGAGACAGUGCCUGUGGCACUUAAACCACAAGUUUCCGUCACCCCACCAUCAACGCCACAGCAAACCUCGCCUAACUAUUUGGACACAAGCGAGGUAGCAUCAGAGGUUUCUUCAGGGUCACGCUUAUUCAGGUUUGUGAAGCGUUAUAAAACAGGAGGGAAGAAAAACCUGUCUAUACCCUUACAUCGACAGAGCUCGAAGACCAGUGGACAGGGAAGUGAGAGUACCGAAUGGCGGGAUGAUGAUAAAAGGCCCCUAACACCGACGGACUCGGGUGUUGGAAGUUCAAUAGUCUCAGGGCGAUAAGCAUUCGACAUCAGGCUGAGUUACAUGUUCUGUUUCCAAGUAUCAUUCAUGAUCUCAGGCUACAUCCAUAUAUUCAAACUUGUAUUCGUAGUUAAUACGGGAAGAAUUCAUUUGUAAUUUAAGAUCUACUCCCUUUUGUAAAAAGAAUAAUCUGUAUAUCCAA